AUGGAGAGCAGCUUCUGGGUUCGGCUCUCAGAGAAGGAAGUUCCGGGAGAGCAGAACUGGGGGCAUAGGAAGAGACAAGAGUACCUGAAGCUGCUUACAAGUGUGGGCAAAAUGAAGGUGACACUGGUGCAUCUGUUGUUCAUGAUGUUACUGCUGUUGCUAGGACUGGGGGUGGGGCUGGGGCUGGGCCUUCACAUGGCUGCUGCCAUCCUGGAGAAUCAGCCACUGGAUGAGUUUUGGCCCGGUGACUCCCAGGACACAGCUGAGGCCACUGAAGAGGGACAGGGCACCAGGACCACAGAAGCCCUGGUACUUGACAACAAAGAAAUGGCAGAACCUGUCUGGUCAGAAGAUACUGUUCUCAGUGAAGAUGAAGUGGGGGGAAGCAGGAUGCUGAGAGCCAAGACCCUCCUUCAGAGCAAACAAGGCUACCUUAAGUUUGACUUGAACAUCCGGGACUGUAACGUCAUGAUGGCCCACAAGAUAAAGGAGCACAAUCAGAGCUGCAUAAACGAUUAUACAUUCAUCCAUGAGGAACCGAGCACAGUCGCAGCCGUCUGUAACAGUCCCCUGGUUGACUGUGAUCUCAAGGGGGGCAAAUGUCACAAAAGCCACCGGCCUUUUGACCUGACAUUGUGCAAGUUGGCCAAACCCGGCCAAGUCACUCCCAACUGCCACUAUCUGACUUACAUAACUGAAAAGGUCAUUAUCAUAACAUGCAACAACACGAAACAACUGGAGAUUAAAUGA